CCGAUUCGGUCGGAGUGGCUGGAGGGGCAAAAUAAAACUAAUAGCUACCAAUCUAAAAAAUGUCUGGACGCUCAGUUCGAGCCGAGACCCGGAGCCGCGCUAAAGAUGACAUGAAGAAAGUGAUGGCGGCCAUUGAAAGGGUCCGUAGAUGGGAGAAGAAAUGGGUGACUGUUGGGGAUACCUCUUUGCGGAUAUUUAAAUGGGUACCUGUGGUGGACACCAAGGAGAAAGAGAAGAACAAGGUAGGUGCUGGAUCGGCAAGAGAGAGGAAAGGUUUUUCUACAGACGCAGCCUCAGAAGAUGCCCGCUCAGUUCUCCUUGACUUCCAGGAUGAGAACAGCAACCAAAGUUCCCUGUCAGACAUGUACCAUCCGAAAGUGGAUAGCAGCAGUAACUCCAGCCCGCAACCCAGCGAGCCGGUUAGCCCUGCCCACACCUGUGACUUCCGCACCGACGACUCCCAACCCCCUACGCUGGGCCAGGAGACUAUGGAGGAGCCGACACUGCAGACAUGUGAGGUCGCGGAUGAGCCGCCAACACUGAUCAAAGAGGACCUGCUGCCCCUCUCUGCCCAGGUAAGUCAUGGAAUUCCCAUGUUGCUACAGAAAAGAGCUUUUGAUUUGCACAAAAAUGAGGAAGAUGAAAGUUCCGGAGCCCCACCACUGAAAAGAGUCUGCACUGAGCAGAACUCUAUGCUGCAGGCAGCGUCUCUGAGCUAACCCACAAUGCACCUGGGUCAGUCAAGCCAGCGAGUCAGAAAAUGGCUGCAAAAGACACAUCAAGGACCAGACGUGUUCAAUGGAAGGAAUGAGUGUGUAUUUACCUGACACAACUAGCUUGUACCAUCUCUUACAAAUGUUGCAUUUAUUUAAUUUUUCCUUUUUUUUUUUUUUUUUUUGCAUAACUUUAAGAUGCCGUCUCAUCCAAGAUAUGGAUGCUAAGCCAGAAACUUAAACCAAAAAGCCAGGAAUAGUCACAGACGUCUGCUUUUGGCACUAGUGUGAACAAAUAGCUUAAACUGAAGCUGUUGAGUUGAAAUUUAUUUUUAAUUAAUUGGGAACUAUAGCUGUAUUCAAAAUAUAAUUUCAGAGUGUGCAUAAAUUCUUGUGUAUACAGUAUGAUGCAACAAGGCUUUGAUGUUACAGGCAGUUGUAACAAAAUAAUACAAAAAAGCCAUGCUUGGUGUUGUAUUGUUACCUUAAUCUUGGUUCGGCCUUGAAUUGAAUUUUUAUGUGGAGUCAUUGUAAAUGCAUGUAGAUUAUUUACCAUGAGUGUUGGUUGAUGGGUAUGUGAUAUUUAAAAGAUUUUACAUGAUAAUUACAUAGAUGUGAGGAGAUUACCUUUUAUGUGAACACACAGAUUUUCAAAGAUAUUUGACUGUACAAAGUUAGUUUGUGGAAGUCUGUUUUUAUUAAGGCACAAGACAAAGUUGAAUUGGUUUAACAUUACGGGAUGCUGAAAUUGCCAAACUACCUAGAGGUACCCAUCAUCCAUAUAAUCAUUAAUAUGAAGUGACUAAAAGGCAUACAGAGUUAUUCUCUGAAAGAUCUGUAUUCUGUUUUACUAUCCUCAUGUAGUACAUGUGUAUUUCCAGUUAGAACCUAAAAUUUGUUUUCAAAUUCUGACAAAAUGCUUUUUUGUUUUCAAAAUAAUACCUGGGGAAUGUGUGAAUUCUAGCAAAAAAACAUUGCUGGAUAUGCAGCCCUUGCAGAUGUGUUUAUCCAGCUAUACUUGGUUUGUGUCAUUCAGAGACCCAAUCCAGGUGCCCUUUAAUGAAAAAUGUUAACCUUAAUUAUGCUACUUGAUUAAGCAUGUAUUUAAAGCACAUGCUUUGCCAUAUCAACAUUACUGAUAGUUAAUGUCUGUAAAUUCAUUGUGUAUAUGAAUGCAUAUUCCAAAGCAUUUCCUCCCGUACUGAGUGUAUAUACUGUACAUUUUUAUUUUCACACCAGUCUGCAUGUUCAGGCUCUCAUAAUAACACCAAAGCACUAGAAUGGCUUUCUCGCAAUGCAACAUCUGUGUUUCAUAAUUUCCGUGAAAUAUUCAUUUCAUCCAGGUAGUGUGUACACUUCACUCAGAGAUGUUAUUUAAUUCCGGGGUAUUAAUAGCACUUUUAAUUUAUUAUCCAAUUUGAUAUUUAAAAAAAACCAACUUGCUGUAUUUCUUGUUCUGACAAUCAGAAUUUAUUAAGUGAGGAUUUAAUAAGAGAAUAGAUUAUAGUGUGUGAAUAAAUGUAUCUUUUCAGAGUUUAUGGAAGAAUUGCUUCACAUUUUGAAAUGGGAGUAAACUGGUUGCUGAGAUACUUAUCUCAUCUUAUAAAAAUGGAAAAUUUGGCUCUUAGUUUUACCCAGUUUUGGGGCAGUCCAUAAAUAGCGACUCUAGUAUUGACCAGGUAAUAUAAUAGUUUUAAUGUUUACUCUUUUGUGAUGUAAUCGUGUCAGUACAAUCAUUACCAACCACUCCUCAGGCCACAUACAAUGUACAUGUUCUCUUGAGCUUAAAAAUCUGCUAACAAGAAAACACAGCCAUUGGUUGAGAUAUAACCACUAGAGACAAUAAUUUAUAACAAAACUAUUUGCUUGCUGAAUACUGUGUAAAAGCACACAAAAACCUGACCAUUUAGCCAAAAAAAAUAGUUGAUGUUGGAAUCAAUACAGGAAAUUAGCAAUUGUCAUAAAAGAAGCAGCCAUGAAUGUAUUAUGAUUUUUAAUGUGAAACUUCUGGCAUGCGCUUUGUUAAAAUAUGGCUUUAUAUGACAUUGAAAUGUGUACCACAUGCAACAGUGAUUUGAAAUAAUGUAGGAUUGUACAUUUCUGUAUAGAGCUUUGACAUAUUUUACUGUUUCAUUUACAAUUACUUUUUCAAUUUCACUCUUUCAAUGUUUUUUUUUCUGUGUAUGCUGCAGAUUUCAUCAUAUUCAUGAAGCUGAUAUGCUAAUGUUUAAACUUGUUGGUUGAAAGACUAAAGUAAAAGACUCCUCACAGCCAUAUUUUAAACAGUCUUAUUACAGAAUAUGCUUUUUUGUCUACAAGUUCAUUCUUUCAUUUUAAUUUUCAAGAAGGACUUUUGGACAAGAGUUUGUAAAGACUAUUUUGUUGGAUGCUGAAAAAAAGUAUUUUAUUGUAAUAGAGAACAACAAAACAUUUUAUAAAAGAAUGUGGGUUUGGAUUA